AUGUCCUCUCAAGCAUUCUCUUCAGCACAUCCAAAUGCGGCAACAUCUGAUUUGAAUAUCACUAUUGACACCUUUGUUGCUAAGUUGAAAAGAAGACAAGUACAAGGUUCAUAUGCCAUUGCCUUAGAAACUUUACAGCUGUUGAUGAGAUUUAUCUCAGCAGCUCGUUGGAACCAUGUCAACGAGCUUAUUGAACAAAUCAGAGAUUUGGGCAAUAGGUUAGAGAAGGCUCAUCCCACUGCUUUUAGUUGUGGUAAUGUCAUCAGAAGAAUACUGGCUGUUUUAAGAGAUGAAGUGGAGGAAGACACCAUGAAUACAACGGUUACCUCUACAUCUGUUGCCGAGCCUUUAAUUUCCUCCAUGUUUAAUCUACUACAGAAACCCGAGCAACCCCAUCAAAAUAGGAAAAAUAGUUCCAGUAGUUCUACCAUGAAAACCAAAACUGACUACCGUCAAGUGGCCAUCCAGGGUAUCAAAGAUCUUAUAGAUGAAAUCAAAAACAUUGACGAAGGUAUCCAACAAAUCGCUAUCGACCUGAUUCACGACCAUGAAAUUUUAUUAACCCCAACGCCUGAUUCAAAAACCGUGCUAAAGUUUUUAAUCACUGCUCGCGAACGUAGCAAUAGAACGUUUACAGUGCUAGUCACGGAAGGCUUUCCUAACAAUACAAAAAAUGCGCAUGAGUUUGCCAAAAAAUUAGCACAACAUAACAUAGAAACCCUGGUAGUUCCCGAUUCAGCAGUUUUUGCGCUAAUGUCUCGUGUUGGUAAGGUUAUCAUUGGUACUAAAGCCGUCUUUGUCAACGGUGGUACCAUCUCAUCAAAUUCAGGUGUUUCAUCUGUUUGUGAAUGUGCUCGUGAAUUCAGAACCCCUGUCUUCGCUGUUGCUGGUCUAUAUAAACUAUCUCCCUUAUACCCAUUCGAUGUGGAGAAGUUUGUCGAAUUCGGUGGGUCUCAGCGUAUAUUACCUAGAAUGGACCCAAGAAAAAGAUUAGAUGCUGUUAAUCAAAUUACCGAUUAUGUCCCACCUGAAAACAUUGAUAUCUACAUAACAAACGUCGGUGGGUUUAAUCCAAGUUUCAUAUAUCGUAUUGCAUGGGAUAAUUAUAAGCAAAUUGAUGUGCACUUAGAUAAAAAGAAGGUAUAA